AUGCCAAACACAGUAGGAAGAAAUCUAAAUCUCUGCUUCACAAAGAUCACGCGGCCACUCACUCUACACUCCCCAGACAGCGAUCACAGCCGUCCAUUACCCACCACGGCCGCCGACGCCGCUACCGCCACCACAUCCACGUCAUCAACCUCAUUGAUGAUAAAAAACUUCAACUCCCUCUACGACGACCAGUACAUGUUUGACUCCACCACCACCUCCAAAUCCCUCAGCUCCUCCUUCGUCUCCUCCUCCGAAAACGAAACCGAAGCCCCCGCCGCCGACUUCGCCACCGCUUUCGCCUCCCGCCGCUUCUUCUUCUCCUCCCCAGGCCGCUCCAACUCCAUCGUCGACCAAUCCGCAUCGCCACCGUCGUCCAUUGCCGCCUCGUCAGAGUCCCCCGACCACAAGCUCGUCAACCACAGCGUGGCGGUCCCCACUUUUUCGCCGGACCCUUACCGGGACUUUCGGCGGUCCAUGCAGGAGAUGGUGGACGCGCGCGAGGGAAUGAAAAACGAGGAGGAGGAGGAGGGCGGGAAGAAGAAAUCAAACUGGGAAUUCUUGCAUGAGCUUCUGCUUUGCUAUCUUGCGCUCAACCCUAAGAGCACCCACAAAUUCAUCAUCGGCGCUUUUGCCGAUCUUCUCGUCAGCCUCAUGCCAUCUCCCGGUGGGGGUGACCGCAGAGAAUUACCCGAGUUUACAGCUGGCGUCUGUGAGAUUUCACGGUGCGUCUGA